AUGAUCUACAAGUUUUAUGUUGUCUAUACCCUGCUCGCGCUGGUGAGCUCGACAUUCGCUCUGAGUACAAUUGAAUGGCGGGUAAAGAAAAACACAUUCAAUUCUCGCAGGCAGCUGGAAACUCUCCACAAAAAGCCUACACAAGCUCCGCGCAACUAUCCUGAGUACAAUUUGAAAGUGCCGGUGGACCAUUUCCACAAUGAUUCCCUUUACGAACCUCACAGUUCGGAGACCUUCAAUCUGCGAUAUUGGUUUGAUGCAACCUACUACAAGCACGGCGGACCGGUAAUCGUGCUCCAAUCGGGAGAAACAUCUGGCGAGGGACGCCUGGAUUUCCUUCGGAAAGGGCUCCUGCAUGACCUAGCUGUUGAAACGAACGGUAUUGGCGUCGUGCUCGAGCAUCGGUACUAUGGAACAAGUAUUCCCACACCUGAUUUUUCCACGGAGAAUCUCAGGUUCUUGACCACCGACCAAGCGUUGGCCGACCAGGCGUACUUUGCUAAGAAUGUGGUAUAUCAUGGCUUGGAGCAUCUGAAGCUUACUGCACCCCAUGUCCCUUAUAUUGGAUACGGGGGCAGUUAUGCUGGGGCAUUUAAUGCAUUUUUGAGGAAGCUGUAUCCUGAUGUCUUCUGGGGAGCCAUCUCUUCCAGCGGCGUAACUGAGGCUAUUUGGGAUUUUUGGGCAUAUUUUGAGCCAAUCCGCGUUUUCGCAGACCAAACCUGCGUCUCCAACACACAGAAGAUCACACACAUGGUAGACAACAUCCUUCUCGAGCUUAAUGACCCAACCACCACCUCAGUGCUCAAAUCUGCAUUUGGCCUGCCAAAUGUUACUCACGAUGACGACUUUGCCUUCGCGAUAGCAGCCGGUAUUGAUUCUUGGCAAGGAAAAAACUGGGAUCCAGCACUCAAUGACCCAACCUUCGAUGAAUUCUGCGCGGCCAUCACAUCAUCAUCUGCCGAAUAUAGCCCCAGCGAAUCUCUGAACUCGACUGUCCAAAGCCUCCUGAAGAAAGGUGGGUACGGCUCGGAAGCCUCUUCGCUGACACUUCCACUACUCAACUGGAUCGGCUGGUUACAGGAUAAAGUAUUGGUUACUUGUGCUUCAUCAACACAAGACUCAUGCUUCGGUACCCACAAUAUCACUCACUACGCCCAAGACGACAUCAAACAAGACUGGCGUGCUUGGCCGUAUCAGUAUUGCACGCAAUGGGGCUACCUGCAGACGGGGUCUGGCGCACCUGCGGACCAGCUGCCCCUUGUAUCACGUACCGGCACCCUCGAGUACAACAGUGUGGUAUGCAAAUUAGCAUUCAACAUCACCACGCCUCCAGACGUGAACGCUAUCAACAAAUAUGGCGGAUUUGGCAUUUCGUAUCCGCGCCUUGCUUUCGUUGACGGGGAGCAGGACCCCUGGCGUCCUGCUACACCGCAUGCUAGUCCGUUCAAUGCUACUGCGGCGAACCGUACAAGUACCACCUCUGAGCCGUUUAUUCUAAUAGCCGGCGCAGUGCAUCAUUGGGAUGAGAACGGAUUGUAUCCAAAUGAAACGAAUAAUAAGCCUGGGGAAUUGUUGCCUCCGCAGCCCGUACGAGAUGCGCAGAGAGAGGAGUUGAGGUUCGUCAAGGAGUGGCUGAAAGAAUGGAAGCACCACAAGUUAGGGGACAGGGAAUUGAGAGCGGAAAACUGA